AUGCUCCCUCUCUCUUAUCCAUCUCCAUCAUCUCUCUCUCUCUUUCUCUCUCUUGCUCUCCCUCUGUCACUUCUACUCAUAUCUAUCUAUCUAUCUAUCUAUCUAUCUAAGUCUCUCUCUUUCUCUCGUAACCAUUCCAACCCGACACAUUUCGUCGCUUUGUUAAAAGUUUUAGAUAAAACGGUAAUCUUUUUUUCAUGCAAUAACAUUUCUCUCUCUGUGUCUCUCUCUCUGUCUCUCUCUAUCUAUCUAUCUAUCUAUCUAUCUAUCUAUCUAUCUAUCUAUCUAUCUAUCUAUCUCUUUCUCUCCCUGAUCCAGACGAACACCCGAUCUCCACGCCCAAAUAGGCGACAACAAAAUAAAGUACAGAGCCGCACAGAUCAAAAGACACGGAGAGAGGGGCAUUCUCGCAAUGCGAACGCCCACGAGGUUUUUGUCCGCAGUGUACGCAAGCGCAUGCGCAUGCGCACACAGACUGCUUUUCACUUUUUCAUUGUAUUCUCUGUAUCUCUUUCUCUCAUUCGAUUUGAAUGCACAGACGCAGAGAAUUAUUCACCGAGACCCACUUAG